GUACCGCCGCCGCCGCCCCGAGCGCUCCCCGCUCCGCAGCCGGCCCGCCGCUGCUCGGCCCGGCCGGGCGGGGACUUGGCAGCAACUCGCGGAGGAAGAGAGGGAGAGAGAGAGAGAGACCGAGAGCGCCUGCCCCCGCUGCCCGCUCCGCUGUGGCUUCGGGGCGGAGGAGGAAGGUCCGCGCUCGGCCGAGAAGCAGCAGCCGCCGCCAGCGAGGAGGAGAGACGGAGAGGCGGCCGGAGCCCCCUAAAGUGCCCCCCCAACCCUGCACUGCAGGCUACAUUUCCAGCUUCAUGGGCAAAGUGUGGAAACAGCAGAUGUACCCCCAGUACACCACCUACUACUACCCCCAGUAUCUGCAGGCGAAGCAGUCCAUUGUACCAGCCCACCCAAUGGCUCCUCCUAGUCCCAGCACCACCAGCAGUAAUAACAACAGUAGUAGCAGCAGCAACUCAGGAUGGGAUCAAUUAAGUAAAACAAACCUUUACAUCAGAGCACUGCCUCCAAACACCACUGAUCAGGACCUGGUAAAAUUAUGCCAACCGUAUGGGAAAAUUGUAUCCACGAAGGCUAUUUUGGAUAAGACAACGAACAAGUGCAAAGGUUAUGGCUUUGUUGACUUCGACAGCCCAGCAGCUGCUCAGAAGGCAGUUUCUGCUCUAAAAGCUAGUGGAGUCCAGGCACAAAUGGCAAAGCAACAAGAACAGGAUCCAACGAAUUUAUACAUUUCCAAUUUGCCACUUUCAAUGGACGAGCAGGAGCUUGAGAACAUGCUUAAGCCUUUUGGGCAGGUUAUCUCUACGAGGAUAUUGCGUGACUCGAGUGGGACAAGCCGUGGUGUUGGCUUUGCCAGGAUGGAAUCAACAGAAAAAUGUGAAGCGGUGAUUGCUCAUUUUAAUGGAAAAUUCAUAAAGACACCAGCAGGAGUUUCUGUUCCUGCAGAACCUUUGUUGUGCAAGUUUGCCGAUGGAGGACAGAAAAAGAGGCAGAAUCAGAAUAAAUACAUACAGAAUGGAAGAGCAUGGCACAGAGAAGGCGAGGUGAGACUUGCUGGAAUGACACUCACUUAUGAUCCAACAACAGCUGCUUUACAAAAUGGAUUUUAUCCUUCACCCUACAGUAUUACAGCAAACAGAAUGAUCACUCAAACGUCUAUUACGCCAUAUAUUGCUUCUCCAGUUUCCACAUACCAGGUUCAGAGUCCUUCUUGGAUGCAGCCUCAACCGUAUAUAAUGCAGCACCCAGGUGCUGUACUGACUCCCUCCAUGGACCACACCAUGUCACUACAGCCUGCAUCAAUGAUAAGCCCUUUGACGCAGCAGAUGAGUCAUCUUUCAUUAGGCAGUACUGGAACAUACAUGCCAGCCACAACAGCUAUGCAAGGAGCCUACAUACCCCAAUACACACAUGUCCAGACAGCAGCGGUUCCUGUUGAGGAAGCCAGUGGUCAACAGCAGGUUACAGUAGAGACGUCCAGUGACCAUUCUCCGUACACGUAUCAACAAAAUAAGUAACUGUGAGCUCUGACUUUUCUGUGUUGCAGAUGCCCGGUGUUGACCCGGCCUGGAGAAGGGUGCAAAGGCUGAAACAAUCAUGGAUUUUACUGAUCAAUUGUGCUUUAGGAAUUAUUGACAGUUUUGCACAGGUUCUUGAAAAUGUUAUUUAUAAUGAAAUCAACUAAAACUAUUUUUGCUAUAAGUUCUAUAAGGUGCAUAAGAAAAACCUUAAAUUCAUCUAGUAGCUGUUCCCAUGAACAGGUUUAUUUUAGUAAAAAAAAAAAUUUUU